AAAGUGAGACAAAACUUUCAUCAGGACUCUGAGGCCGGGAUUAAUAAACAGAUUAAUCUGGAACUACACGCCAGCUAUGUAUACGAACAACUGGCCUGGAACUUUGACCGGGAUGACAUAGCACUGGGAGGUUUCCACGAGUUCUACAAGACCAGGGCCGGGGAGGAACGGGAUCACGCCAGGAAGCUCAUGGAGCACCAGAACAAACGGGGCGGUCGUAUCGUAUUGCAGGACAUCGCCAAACCUGUCAAACAGGACGGGUGGACACCAUUGGAGUCGAUCGAAGCGGCCCUACAGUUGGAGCGCACCGUCAAUCAGGCGCUUCUGGACCUCCAGGCGAUCGCCGCCAAGACUAACGACCCGGAGUUGACUGACUUUAUUGAGAGUCACUACCUUCACGAACAGGUGGACGACAUCAAGAAACUCGGCGAUCACGUGACUAACUUGAAACGGGUGGGCCCGGGUCUCGGGGAGUACCUCUUUGACAAAAAGACCCUCAACUAAUACAUGAGCAUAACUCGUGUACAG